CUGCAUUUUAGUUAAUUUCCCCUUCAAUUCUCUCUCUCUGAAAAAAAAAUGUCGACAUUGCAUGAUCUGCAGGAGCAAAUUUGCUAUGUGAAGUGCUGCUUUUGCAAUACCAUCUUACUUGUUAGCGUUCCUUGCAGCAGCUUAGCAAUGGUGGUGAGAAUCAGAUGCGGCCACUGUGAUAACAUCUUCUCUCUCAACAUGCUUCACCUCUUUCCUUCACUCCACCAAAUGCCAGAUUUGGAAGUGUGUGAUGAGAAGGUGGCCGACGAAGAAGAGGAAGACGAAGGUUAUGUUUGGUGCAACCAAGUUAUCCACAAACCACCGGAGAAGAAGCAACGUGCUCCGACUGCUUACAAUCACUUCAUCAAGUACGAAAUCAGGAGGCUGAAGCUCCAGCAUCCCAACAUCACUCACAAGCAAGCUUUUAGUGCUGCUGCCAAAAAUUGGGCGCAUUGCCCACAAAGUGAGUAUAGAGAUGGAGAAGUCUAUGGCUGUGAUGAAGGAGACAGAGAUAUGGUUAUGCAAUGGACUGUCGAUGAUGAGGUAAUCAUUGGCAUAUACUAGAUUUCUGCUGUUAUACUGCAAGAUUUUGUAAUAAUAUUGAUGUUGUCUGCAUGUGUAACUUAAUUAGUCUGAGAUGCAUGUGAUAACUAAAUAAAAAAGCAGCAAUCAUCCAUAAUGAAGGUGUAUAGACCGCUGGAAUGUUAAAAGGUCAAUUUUGUGGUGCUGAAAUCGCAUAACUGCUAUCUGCUGCCACAAAAACUGCAGGUGCAUUUUCUUGGCAAUGCUUUCCAUGAAACUAAGGCAUUAAGGCAAUGUGGUUUGCACCACGACACCUUUCUAAUCCACCCAAAUACACAGAAUUUGCAACCGUUGUCUAAGGAGUUUUUUUCUGUUUUCUUUUCAUAGAUUAUGAUUUGUCUUUAGGAAUUGACUUCAUUGAUUACAAUUAUGGUUGUGCC